UGCUAUUUCUACAAACGUCUAAGAAUCAAUCGUAUCGCGGAGAUUACGAGAAACCCAAAUGGUUCCUUCCUUGAAACUUCACAAUGAGAAUACAUUUUGAGGAAAUUUCAGUUUCAAUGAACUCUGCAAGUAUGGGCUCACACGUAUCCUCCAUUUAAUGUUUCAGACGCAUGUUGCAAAUAGAACCCGACCACUAUUUAAGUUGCCGAGGAGCCUUACAGCUACAGGGAUCAACUGUACGAAGUACAACUAAUAUAAUAUUUGAUUUGCUCUUUGCGUCUUAGGUUUUCGGCAAUGGCGUUUUUGAGAACUUUGGUUUGGUUUUCAGCGUUGGCUUUUGUAUUGUUUAGGGUAGGUGAAGGCAAGGAUAUUCUAGUUGGAGGCAGUGAAGAUGCAUGGAAAAUCCCAAAGAACGCCUCGGAUUCUUUGAAUCAGUGGGCUAGGAAACACCGCUUCAAAGUUGGCGAUUUCCUCAUUUUCAAGUACAAUGGCAAGGCCGAUUCAGUGCUUCAAGUGACAGGGGAGAACUAUGAAAGCUGCAGCACAUCAAAACCAAUCAAGGAGUACAAAGACGGUAACAAUACUAAGGUGAAACUGAAUAAAUCGGGUCCAUUUUACUUCAUCAGUGGAGCUGAUGGCCAUUGUCAGAAGGGACAGAAGCUUGAAGUUACUGUCAUAUCUGAAAAACAUCGGCAUCAUGAUAAUCCCCCUGCUUUCUCUCCAAAACCAGCAAUUGCUCCGGCGCCUGAACCAGCCAAAACUAGCCCCAACAAGGCACUUGCAUACAAGGAUGGCACCUUCUUGGCUCUAGCCUCUUUGCUAGGGUUAGCUUUUGCUUUUACUUCCGUUUGAUGGAAGACAGAUAUGAAUAGAAUAGUUAUAGUAGUAAUUAAUUAGUUAAUUAUCAUCUGUUUUGUAGGAUUUAUUGGAUUAUUAUUAUGGGAUUAUAUUUGGCGUGGGUUUUCUACUUGGUUGAAGAAUAACAUUUCCUUAUUUUAUUAA